UUUGUCUCGUCGCACUUGCGAAUUUUGAAAAGCGCACAGGAUAAUAUGCUGCUUCAACAGUCUUUUGAAAGGAUUAUUUGGCUUUUUGCGACUUUGAGUUUUCAAGAUCACAACUAAUUAAUAUUCAUGAAAAAAUUGGGACCAUAGAAAGAAGUCCGGAUAAUCGAAUAGUCCGGAUAAUCGAGGUCCGGAUAAUCGAGGUUCGACUGUACGUGCUUUGAUUGCCUGAGAUCAGUUUAGAAAUUGUUUUAACUGUUUUCUAGAAAAAAACAAUUUAUUUCACAAACAAUAAUGUUUCCAUGACAAUAUAUGAUAUGUUUUUUUUUUUAAAUGUUGUCAUUACCAGAAAUGGCUCCAAGAAUGUACAUAUUUGAAUCGUCAUAGCAAGAAAAAAAACCAUUAAUUCUAUAAAGAUAAGGAAUCAAAAACAACAAAUUAAUCAGUACUCGAAGCGUUAUGGAACUAAUAUGUUUAUUGAGUCCAUGCGGUUUAUCUUUGUGAAAUCCGACAAGUACUGACUGACGGGAAUAGAAAACAUUUCUGAGCAAUCACUCAAGUUUUACGAGCAAGUGAAAAAGGUAAAGUUCCCAUGAGGGUCACGUGAAUAGCUUCAUUGUUCUUGUCCAAGCACAAUAUAAAGCCGGCUCGGUAGAUCAUAAUUUUUUAAUCUGCCUUUGGCACUGGAGCAAACAGAGGAUUUGUCACUUCACUACAGUCAUGGGAUUCAGUAGAGGCUUGUUGUUCACUUUUUGCGCAUUUUUUGUGGUAGCAUGCUGUGAUGGUAAAGAUGCAGAAUUAAGUGGAGGUGGGGUACGGUGUAAAGUUCUUGGUCAGUCUGGAAAAAUAAUGAUAGAAUUAAUUGGCAACAACACAAAGGGAAACUUCAGUGAAGCCAAUGAAGAUCGUUUGACAUUUGCAGUGGAUGCAAUUCAAGAGGUCGAUUCACAAGGGAAUGUUGUUGGCAAAAGUGGUCCAAGAAAGCAUGCUUUGAACAGCCUGGCGAGUCAGACAUUUACAUUCACAAAGGCUGACAAUGUGUCAUAUUAUGAAGGAAUUAAGGUGGUGAAUGUCAAUCUGACAGCAUACCUGUCUGGACCACAGGCUAACCUUGAUAUCAUGGUCUUCCUGUUUCUGGAGAGUGGCAAUGUCACAUUUGGUAAUGAGUCAUUUUCAGUGUAUAAAGGAUCUUUAAAGUUCAACAUCAAGAUCAGGGACUGGGAGUUCUGCGAUGCAGGACUUGACAACUGUGGGGCAGGCAACAAAAAGGAAACAGGUGCAUUCAUUGAUCUCACACUUCAAGUAAAGAGCAAGGGAACUCCAAAGAAAGAGAGCAAGAAGGACCGAGAGAAAUCAAAGAAAAAGCCCAUUUGUCACAAGAACUCUACAUGCCCUGAGGUUUAUAAUCUGGGUGGGGGUUCAGAUGUGGUGCUGAACAAUGAGAUCAUAAUCGAUGAAGAAAUUGUUGACAUGUCUGAUGGAUUUCCCAAAUUUGAGAUCAAAGGCAGCAAGAAACUGUUUACCUUCCGCAUUCCCAAAUUUAACAACAGUGUCAUGAUUGAUCCUACUGUUAAUGUUGCUGGAAGCGAGGGGGGUGGGGAGGUGAGUGGAGGAGGAGGAGGAGGUGGAGACACCACCACUGCCAUUUCUACCACCAGUGAAGGAGACACAAGCAGUGCCUCACUACCAUCAUUUAAAUUAAUGUGCUUUGGUUUCUUCGUGUCUGUGGCUACCAUGUUCGCAGUUUCGUUUAACAUGAGAGCAUAAUGUGUAUUGUUAAACUCCAGAAAGAAGCAGUUAUUUUUUAACAUAUUUGCAGUAAAAGCUUAAUAUCUGAGUUGACAAUUAUCAGCAAUGCAAUAGAGCUGUAACUGACAUGACAUUCAUUUUAAUCCAUCAAAACUUAAGCACCAUGUGAGAGCAUCUGUUUGUUUGUUUUUUUUUUUGGCAUUUGUUUUGCACCCUGAGAAAAAUGUGAGUGUGUGAGACAAGAGAGGAAAAAAAACAGAUAAUCUUGUAGGCUAAAACUUGUGAGGAUUUAAAGUAGCAUUUUCCUGAAAUUAAUCUAUCACUGUAUUAUUAUUAUUAUUAUUGUAGAUAAUGAUGUAAGUGUUCAAGGACUGACAUGAUACACAUGCUGAUCAUCAAUGUUUUCAGACUAAAUGAAACAGUCCUUCAUGCACAAAGUGGACUUGUGUUCAUUAAUAAAUAUAAUUUAGAGAUUGUACUUGUACAUUGCAAACUAGCAACUAAAAGUAAUCAUGCUGUAUUUGGUGCUCAUACCCU